AUGUAUAAUUUAAGCAAAACGUGCUUUUUAAGAUGGAACGCUUCAUGGACUUAUAAAUUAAAGAGAUAUCACAUGUCCCCGAGAUGGAAUGUUAGUAAGUGGUUGGUGAAGGAAGAAUAUAAGUCGCAAAAGUUUAGCAAACCAUUUUAUUUGACCAAAUGGGGGAAUUUCAAAACAGUCCACAAUCAGUUUUCAGCCAACAGCGGAGCUUUUAAUAAAUUUUGCGACAUGAACAAAUUGCAUGAGAACGACAUUCAUUCGAAAAAGUAG